AUGCGGCCGCCAACGCCGCCCCCGGGCCCCGCCAUGGCUCCCGGGCGCGAAGGCGAGGCCCGAGGCCCGAGGAAGCGAGGCCUUCCGCUGACGCCAGAGCCGGGCGAGGCGGGAGGCUGCAGCCUGGAGGCCAGGGCCCACGAGGAGGAGGAGGAGAGCGGGCAGAAGAGGAGGGCGCUGGCCCAGGCUGCUGGGAGAGCAGAGGCCGAAGGUGACAAGUCGGCCAAAGAGAAAGGAAAAGUUAUUGAAGCCCCAAGUGGUGAUCCACAGCCAGGGACUGACCUGGUAAGAAAGGCAUCGUUAACCAGCUCGGAAUCCUUACAAACAGUGGAGUGCAGUGAAUUUCAAAAUAUGGCUUCUUUACAGUCUUUGGCUAAGGAAGAUUCGGUAGAAGGUAUUAAAAGAAAAAUUCGAAUUAAAAAGUGUAAAAGAUUAAAAAAUCCACCUCUCAAAAAAACUAAAAGUGAGGCAACACAAAAUAUUACGGUUGAAUUCCAAGAUGAACUGUUCAAGAAUACUCCAAAAUAUUCUGACAGCUUAUCACCUGAAGUAGAAAAAAAUUGCAGUUCUGAAUCACAUGAUUACAGUUUCCACCGUUCCGAGGGUUGUAAUAAUGAAAGGAACUUUGAGUGUAAACCUGAUGGUGUCUGUUUACACAUGGCAGAGAACUCUCCGAAGUUAAAGAAAGAAAACCUUAGGAGCCUUGAAGAGAAGAAUGACACCAAAACUACUACGGAGCUCUUAAAAACUGAAGAAAAUGUAAUAGCCACUAAGGUACUGCUUGAAGAGAGUCAUUUAUACCAAAAUAAAAACAAUAGCCUGAUUUCUUGCCUUCAAAGUGAAAAAAGCAAAUAUUCACUAGAGAAGAGUAGCAUUGGAAGAAAACACAGGAAAAAGAUGAAGUCUGAAAAAGACGAAAAAAAUAUUGAUCUUAAUUUCCCUAAAGUGUGUAACAAUUCUGAGUUGAUGUUACAAGAAAAUCAAGUGGGUAUGGAAGGGAAAGAAACAGAGCCUAAAAAAGGUUUUCUAAAAGCUUUAAGAAAAAUAAACCAUAAGACACCCUCUCCAGUGGACCAUUUGUAUCUCCCAGAAACAGUAGUUAAAACAAGUCCCAGACAUCACGUAAAUGCUGUGUUUCAGAAAACUCUUGAAUCAUGUUUGAAAGAGGAUAUAAAAAAUGCUUCAGAGUCCUUAGGAUGCAAAAGUAUAGAGCCAGAAGAAUAUCUUGACUCGACGAUAAGCUCUUCCAUAAAAUCACCUAGUAAGAGCCAUCAUAUGGGAAAGAGAUCUCCAUGGAGAGAGUCAAGAAGUGAAACUGAGGAAUCAAAGGUAAGCUGCCGCAGAAUAAUACCAAUGACUGGCAAAAGAAUCUGGCCUUUUUAUUCUUGCGCUAGAAUAUCUGCCCAGUGUUGGAAAAAGACUACCUUAUCAGACUUAAAUUAUUCGCUUCCAGGGUCUCUGGAAAAUGUUAGGCAACCUGACUCUGUCAGACACCGAAUGAACCAAGCUCACUUCACUGACUCCACACUGUCUCAGCAGUCCUUAGCAGAAAGAACCAUGGAGCCCUCAAGUCAAGACAAGCAUGAUUCUGAUUUAAAUUGUUUGUCUUCAGCUUCUUCAGUAGAACCUACUUUGAUGAUUAUAAAGGAAGCUAUACCCCAUGAUAAAAAGAUAAGUUUAGAGGAACCCAGUGGAACUGGGACAGACACAGUUUCCAAUGCUGCUGAAGACACCCAGUUAACUAAUAUCACUCAAGGCUUAACGGGAAAUAAGAAAAAGAGAGGGAAUCUAUCAAAACUUAACUUGACAGUGGCAUCCCAAGAGAGCCAGGAAGCAAGUAACUUUGCAAACAAAACUAUUCAUCGAAAAGCUUAUAUUACUAAGCAAACACUUGUGGCUCCAGACUUGGUUAAAAUAUUAAACACAGGACGGCUGAGUAAUUUUAAAAUACCUUUAUUGAAGAACAAGACAGGAAAAAGAGUAGUAAAUGCCAGGUCAUCUGAGAGAGAAGCCUACAGUCCCCUAGAGCUACUUGACACUUUAUCUGGAGUAGAGGCAAAGCAAAACAGGAGUAAGGAAAAUAUCUGUGCAACAACGUCAGGACCUCAGUCUUUGAAUAUGCAUAAUAGUGUAACUCCAGGGCAGGCUACUUCUCACUCCCUCUACAAUAAGGAUUCCUGUACUUCUCCAAGCUUUUCAAAGAACGGUUAUGAUAAUAAAGCAUGUGGUCACAUCUCUGAACCAGGCAGUAUUAUUUCAAAUGAGUCCAUUUCUAUUAAAAUUGAAAAUAACACUUUUUCUUGUGAUCUUGGGUGUGUUGAGCAAAGUUCCUUCUGCUCCAAGAAGCAAGACGCGUUUGUGCCGGUCUCCUCUGAAGCCAGUGGUAGAAAAGUGACUGAAAACGUUUCAGAUGUCCUCAAAGCCUAUGAAGACGACGUCCUCUUGAUCGACGUGAUCCAAGACGACCCAGACCUCUUCGGGACCUCCAGGGAAGGCGACACCACACUUGCUUCAGAAGUCUCCAAGAUAAGCCAGGAGCCCAGUGUAUCUGAAGAGCGCCCUUCAGCAGACUCUAAGCACAUGCACCUUCCUGGGAAAAAAGAACCAGGCGAUUUGAGUAAAGAAGCUGCCUUGCUGGACCCUGGAGUGCUGAGGCUGCAUAUCUGUCCUUCCUUGUCAGCAGCAAAGGAUCCGCAGCAUGAUUCUCAGAGGGCAACUAUUUCCUUGGAGGCCACUAAGGAGACUGCUGUAAGUGAGAGCCCAGGAGGUCUCAGCGAACAAGCAAGAGCUCCAGACUCAGAGGCAAAGUGCAGCAGCUCAGGAAAGGCAGCUACUAUAGAAGAACAGGAGAGCACUCGUGAAGUCUGCAGAAGCAGAGAGUGUCGAGAUGCAGAGGUAGUGGUCAGUGAGUGUCAGUUAGCAGCCCUGGGCCCCAGGCCUCUGUGCUCCCCAGGGCCUCCUCUGACGCUAAACAGCCAUCAAGACGACGCAGUGCCAGUGCCCUGGAUGAAUGAUUUCAGAUUUCCAGGAAGGUGUUCUGUCCUACCACUGCAGAGUCCUGACACUUGUGAAAUAUUUAAAAGAGAAAAAGCCGUGGGGGUAUUCCGAAAACCCUUAGGGGUGGUCAUACCCCAUAGAUACUGCAAGUCUCACUUUAAUACAUUGCGGGGCUGUGAGCGAGCACAGUGCAAGUUUGUCCAUGUGCCCGAGCAGGGCGAUGAGAAGAUCUGCACGGAUGUGUUUAAGAAGUACAUAAGUGUCAAUAAGCAGCCUUUGCUGCAGCGAGCAGCACAUAUAUUUCUGGAGUACUACAGAAAGUUCCCCCCAGGGAUACACUUCAAUUUACAAGUGCUGAAUGAACUUUUGAUUUCUUUACUCAACCAUUGUUUAUUGAAAGAAGUCUUUGAGGUAGUGAAGCUCAGCAUAACAGCUAAGACACCGCCUGCUCUGAAAACAUUACUAAAAAUAUUUGAGUAUGUGGCGGCUAUGAAGCUAAGGAAAGCUGUACCAGCUUUAGUUGAGAUUUUUUGCAAGUUUGUUGAAACUGGGAUGGUACCUGACUCAGAGCACUUGAACUAUAUUGUUAAGCUUUUAUACCAAACACAGGCAUCCCAGCAAGAAAUAUCUGCAGUUCUGGAAGCCAAAUCCAGGUUACGAGUGAGGCAACUGAAAAAGAGCUGGAAUUGUGAUUUACACUCAGCCUUGAGUGAAGUGGAGAGUUGCAAAGAAAAAGGUGACUGGACCAGAUUGGGAACCCUGUACAUUAGCAUAAAAAGGGGCUGUGAAGAAUUUGCUGAUUUCCAGAGAUUCUGUGCUUGCGUUGCGGAAGCACUCACAGAAGAAAGGCCAGGCGUCCCUUUGUGUGAAUUUGCUGAAACAGUCAGCAAAGAUCCACAGUACAGUGAGGUGGACAAGACGCUGUUGGGAAGGCUUGGCAUAAGUGCUAUGUACUUCUAUCACAGACUGCUGCUGUGGUCCAAGGGACGGAAGGUCUUAGAUAUGCUAUAUGAGCUAAAAAUACAUUUUACAAGUUUAAGGGGACUUAUAGGACCUGAGAAAGUAGCGCCAAGAUGUCAAAUUGUGAAUGUUGCAGCAGAGAUUUUUAUCAAAAGUGGGAGCCUAGAUGGUGCCAUUUGGGUUCUGAGGGAAUCGGAAUGGAUAACCAACACUCCACUUUGGCCUUGUGAUAGAGUGGAUGUGCUUAAUCGGCACAAUCUGCUCUGCGCCAUUGCACGUGACAUCCUGGGCAGGAACCUUUACAGACAAACAUUCGAGGUUUUGCAGAAUCUUCCAGGCUUUCAGAAUUCUCAAGAAACCAUGGAGGAUCCCCAGUAUAGCCUUCUUUUUAAUAAACUUCUAGCUGCCUGUAUAGAAAGUAACAGUCUCAGCAUCUCGUCUUCUGUGGCCGAGUUCAUGGUCUCAAAGAGCAUCCCUGUUGACUUCUCCUUUCUCAGGAGGCUGAUCACGUCCUUGGGAAGGAGCUGUCUGUGGCUCAAGGCCAGAGCCCACUACAAAAGCGCUCUUUCACUGGGUUGCUACCCACUGUCAGAGGGAAACUUACACCGGAAACUUCUCCUGGUUCCUUCUUAUUUAUCCGAGAUUGAAAUGCUUUUGGCUAUCGAAAUAUUUCUGGUGUCUAAUGCCAGCAGUAUUCAGCACCCAGGAACUCCCACACAGGUGCUACAGAUUGUUCUGAAAAGGUGUGACAAACGCAAGUCUCACAGCAAGGAUGACUACCAAGCUGCAGCGGAAAGGCUGGUCAUGGCCGCUCGCAUAUCAGACCCCAAGCUCUUCGUGAAGCACAUGACCGUCAAUGUCCAGCAGGAGCAAGUGUACAGCCUGGAGCCCUGCUCUGCCCUCAAGUGGCUGACACAGAAUAUGAAGUGGGCCGCGAAGGUCUGGCUUUUCACCAACCAUUAG